AUGUCUCUUAUUAAUCUUCAAAACUUCGCUCUUAAUAUUUUAAAAGAAACAAAACAUAAUAUAGUACAAAAUAUCAUUAUUACAGAAUUGCCACCAUAUUUAAUAUUUCCCACUCAGUUAUCUGAAGAUAGUUAUACUUAUCUUUACAAAGAAAUAGUUAAAGCUGAA